AUGUCAGUAUCAUCAUGGUCGUCGUCAUCUCGUGUUUUCGACACCAUACAUGAAUGUCUCAUCCUUGCAAAAUCAGAUUCUCAUGAAUCUCAGGAGAAAGGUCUUCAAACAUUGGCUGCCAUCACCAAGGUAAGUCCCCAAAACAGAACCUUGGUAGCUCAAACAGAUGGAGCAAUCACAACCUUAGCCACACUCACAAAUGCUUCCUCCUCUAUUAUCCAAACCCUUUCCUUGUUGAUUCUCUUUAACCUUUCCCUCAACCCUGAUUUAAAGCAAUCUCUAGCAGAUAUGGAAACAAUCUAUCACCUCAAUUCUCUCAUAAACUCAUCGUCAUCAUCUCUGCGAUCCCUUGAUUCAUGCAAACUUGCCUCUUCAUUGAUUUGUAGCUUGGCCAUGUUUGAUAAAAACAAAGCCAAAUUCGGAGUAGCAGGUACCGUUCAGCUGUUAGUGAAGGCUAUUGAAGACUCUCUUAUCGAUUCCGCUGACGCUCAUCAUUUUCUAAGUUCUUUAGCUGAACUUGUUCAAUUCCAUGGAAACUGUACUCUAGCUGUUCGAGGCGGAGCAGUUCCGGUCCUGCUUCAAGUCGUAAAGAGCACUGAUAAUAUCAACGAGGAUUUGGCUGGAACGUCUCUUACCGUUCUCGGUCUCCUUGUGAGGUUUGAUGAAGGGCUGAAUGUAGUGAAGAAAACAAAUGAGAUAAUAAGUUCAAUGCUAAGUGUGUUGAAAGGAAGGUCCUUGUUGUGUAAGGAAGGUGCAGUUGAUAUUCUUGUUAGACUUUUUGAUGAGAGUGAUGAAUGUGUUAGAGAAGCUUUGAUGUUAUCAGAGUUUUCAAGUGUGUUGGCUGAUAUUUCUGUGAGGGGUUCGGCUAGAGUGAGAGAUAAGGCUGAGUUGUUGAUGAGGAAGAUUGCAAAGAUGAGUUUAGAGACUAACAUGGAAUUAGUUUGCUCACCAUAUGAUUAA